AUGAAUAAUAAUAAACUCCUAUUUGCACCUUUUGCAAAUAAAAGAUUCAUUACGCUUAUUCCAAAUAGCAAAGUAGUUAAACCAGCAAUUGAUGAUUCUACUGGUACUGAGAAUUUAUUUAAUGUCGAAGAUUUGAAAACUACAACCUUUAAUGCCAUUGGUGAACCUUCUACAAUGGCUUCCCUUUCGGUUCCACCUCGUAUCCCUUUGUAUAUCCGUAGAGGUUGCAUUGUAUCUUUAUAUAAUAACAAGAGUUCAAAAGAUUCAAAUAUUUCGAUGACACAUGAGUGGAAAAGUAUUAUUUUCAAUUUAUUCAGUUAUUCAUCCAUUACCUCUUCGUUAUUUAUAAAGCUAACAUCAGAUAAAUCAUUUGGGUUACUAGUUGCGCCAAAUUUUACUUCAAAUAUAAUUCCAUUGUUAUCUAAAAAUAGCUACAGUACCCUAUGUACUUUAAACUUAAAUGGUUCAGCAGAUUGGAAUAUAUGGGGUAAAAACUCCAUCGUUGCAUAUGAAGGGAAUACUAGUUUGAAUAUUGUUUCAAAUCCAUUAUUCAAUUGGAGAUCUGUCUUUAAGAAGAGACCAAUCUAUUCUAGAAAAUUCCAAACUAUUGCAGGUCGUGGUAAUGUAUUAUUAAGUGGAUCAGGUUCAAUCUAUACAAUUGAACUGAAAACUAAAGAAGAUGAAAUCGUUAUAAAAUCUGAAUGUUUGCUAGGUAUUAGUGGUUCGACACAAUUAGAAAUUAAGGAUUCAAUCUCUGAACAAAAAUAUAUCAGUAACGAUAUUAUUGAUCAAAAGCCACAGCCGGUACUAAAAGAUGUGAAAUUAUCAGACUUAAAUAAAUUGACUAAGGAAGAGUAUAAAAUUUAUUUCAAAGAUCUAUAUCAUUUGACCUCCUGGUGGAUUAAAAAGACUUAUAUAAAGUGGAUUAGUGGUUCCACAAAAUUUUUAAAAGUUAAAGGUCCAAGAAAUGUUUUAAUACAAACAGGUCACAACGUCUACUUACCAAAUAUACCUACAAAGAAACAAGAAACUAAUUUAAGCGUACCAGAAGAAUCCUUACUCACUGAGAGAGAUGCACAAGUUAAGUCAGAAAUGAAAUAUACCAAUUAUGUCACUAUUUCUCGUAGUGGUGAUGUCAAAUUCCAAAGCACGCCAAAUUUUAAUGAGACCAUCAAUAAACUAAAGAAAAAUUGA